CGGGAGCUGACUAAAAAUGAAUCAAUCACGCUGGCCUUGGAAAAUAACAACAGCGAAGUAGACAGUUUGAAUGACGAGAAAAAUCAGAAUGCUGGCGACCAAAGUACCAGUUCGAUUUCCCCGAUGAGUAUCUUGGGGGAGAGGAGGAAGCGAAAGAUGGCGAGCAAGCACGGGAAGAACAAAAAACGCAACUUCGAUGAUGGUGAUGAUCUACACGACGGGAGAGCAACUGGAG